AGAUGGCCUACAUAACGGAACACCGGCACAGCUAGCUGUAUCACAAGGUAAUGAUGAUCAAAUUUCAUUAUCUAUGCCCCAAUUGAAUUGGCAUGUAAUUAUUUUUUCUUCAUCUGUUCAAACACUAACGAGACUAAGAAUCGGAGGCAAAGGGAGCGUUAUGCACAGAAUAGAGAGGAAAUCUUAAAGAGACAACACCAAACCCGUGAGCAAAAUAGAAAUAUUACUGCUGCUUUCGAUGGCAGUAUCCUUGUGUCGCAUAUGCCAACUACUGGACAAGAGGCGGUCACCCAACUGCAGAACAUUGCUGCUGCUUUCAAUUCCAAUAACCUUGUGUCGCAUAUGCCACCUACUGGACAAGAGGCGGUCACCCAACUGCAGAACAUUACUGCUGCUUUCAAUGCCACUAACAUAUGCUCACGUGUGCCAGCUACUCGACAAGAGGCGGUCACCCAGCUACAGAACAUCACAGGCCCAGAUGGUGCAUUACCAACUUUAGGACCAUACAAUGGAUUCAUACAAACAGACAAGGAGAAUAUUUCUGACAAUGAUGAAUCCGAUUGGCUGCACAGAAAUGAUGCGUACCAGAUGCAACGAAGUUCAAGAAGAAUGACACUCACACAACUGGCAGGGGUUGACAACCCCCAACUCAAUACAGUCGUUAAUCUACGUACCCCAGGGGUAACUUUUCAUGAUCAGGGCAACGACCACGGCGAAUAUGCGUAUGGAAUACUGGAGCCCGAUGUCCAGACUGUAAUACUUGAUGGUAUGCAAAAUGGCAGUUUAAGAUUCCUCUACCCCGAUAAUAUGUGUCAUAAGCGUAAUUUACGUGACCUUGUGCAUCAUAACUCUGUCCUAUUCAUGAUUUACUAGACUGCUUGGGAGACCGGAACCUUGGAGAAACUGGUGAUGUUGACCCUGAUGAAGAAGCUAGGAUGUUUGCUAGACCAGGUAGAUUAUUGCUAUCAUGA